GCUUUUUUGUUCUAGACACAGUCAAUGUCAAAGUGUCAGUGCUGUCAAGUCAACUUUCAAGAUUCAAAAUAAUCAAAAUAUCAGAAUCAAACAUUUUUGUCAAGUAUCAAAUUCCUGUUUCAAAUCAUCACAAUCCUGACAAACAGAAAAUACUACGCUGAACCUACAUCCAUUAUUACACAACUCCAGAGAAAAAAAAUGUCAGUUUAAAAAUAAGAUUGAAGUACAUAAAAAAUGAAAAAUGGAUGCAUUAUAUAUUUCAAUCCGAAGUAGAAUUUUACCAAUAGGCACUAGAAUUACAGUUUCACGAAGGAAUUUCGCCAGACUCGCAGAAGUUGGAAGAUUGGAAACUCCGAAAGUAUCAGGAAGAUAUGAAACUGGCCAGUUAAUCCUACAUAGGGUGUUUGGAUACCGAGGUGUUGUUCUGUUUCCAUGGCUGGCCAGAGUUUAUGAUAGGGAUCUUCCUAAUAGAGGAGGAAAUGAUGAGGAAUCACCAUCUGGAGUUGGAAAAGAAGUUAGAGGACGCACUCAUACUUUUUAUCAAGUCCUUAUCGAUCAAAGAGAUUGCCCUUUUAUUAGAGCUCAAACUGAAGCUGUCACUUUUUUGGGGAAUCAGGAAUCUUCUAGAAGUUUAUAUGCAAUACCAGGUCUCGACUAUGUUGCUCAUGAAGAUAUCAUCCCUUAUGUUAGUGCAGAAAAAACCCCUUUGAACCAUGAAUUAUUCGACAAGUUUUUGACACCUAAUCCUAAAGGAGAUCCUCCAUUCACUGCUCAAGAAACGCUCAAGGCAUGGCAAAAUAAAAAUCAUCCUUGGUUGGAAUUGUCAGAUGUUCAUAAAGAAACAACAGAAAAUGUUCGAGUCACUGUUAUACCAUUCUACAUGGGAUGCAGAGAUUCUCAUGCAAGUUCGGUAUUUUGGUGGAGAUACUGCUAUUCUGUUUAA